CUUCAUGUGUGUACAAAUAACCUUCGAGUCACCUUAGUUGGAGAGACAUGGCCAUGCAAGCCACAGCGCCGCUUCGACAGGUUCAAGGGCAUUCAUGGCCGGAUCCAUCUCGACACGUGUCCAGCACGUUCCCCAGCUGCUCGGAGCUUCACGGCCGAGUGCCAUCGCGCGGGGGUCAUGUCAUGCUCCUCUCUGGCUCUGCUUUCGUCGCCUUGCUGCGCCGCUCUCGUGUCCAGCGCCGCGCGCUUGCUGCUCGGAAGGCGGCACCACCUGCAGUGGCGCCUCCGGUAGCUUCCACGGCGUCCACGCCGGUGGAACUCUCUUCUGAACUGCGGUCCUUCCUCGAGACGCCCGGAACCACUUCCGGAGCAGGACAUGCAGCACCUGGCAAGGGAGGAAAUGCAUCGAUCGAAGGUAUCUAUCGUGCAGAGGCCGUCUGGCAGAAGCUGAAGUCUCGCGCCUUACAGAAGACGCGCGGCGAGACGCUCGAGGAGCCGCCACAGGUGGUCCAAAGACUCUGCGGACCCUUGGAAGGGAGAGCUUCCGGCUCCCACGUGACGGCGCCGGUGCACAAGGAAAACGCGGAUGCGAAGGUGUAUGAUGUGGUGGUUUGUGGUGGCACGCUGGGAAUCCUUGUGGCAAGGUCUCUUCAGAACCGGGGCUUUUCAGUGUGCAUCGUGGAGCGGGGUGUGGUGCAGGGGCGGGACCAGGAAUGGAAUGUGAGCCCUGAGGAGUUGAAGCCCUUGGUGAAGCAGCAGAUUGUGAGUCAAAAGGAGGUGGAGCAAUCGAUCCAGUCCUCCUGGCCCAAGUCACGAGUUGGCUUCGAGGGCUCGACGGCAGUGGACUUUGAGGCAGGCGCCUUGAAUUGCGGCCUCUCGCCCCGACGCUUGGUGGCCUUCGCCCGGCAACGCUUCGAAGAGCAGGGCGGCACGGUGCUGGAACAGGCGAGUCUCCAAGCCUUGGAGGUCUACGAUGACCAGGUGCUCCUGCAAUUGCAAGGGGAUCUGCCACCGAUUCGUGGGCGCCUGGUUGUAGAUGCGAUGGGCUCCGGGUCACCCAUCGUUGCACAAGCGCGGAAGGGAGCGCCCCCAGACGCAGCUUGCCUGGUGGUGGGGACCAUGGCAAGUGGUUAUCCCAAGGAGGGCAACAAAGGGGGUGACUACUUGUACUCUCAAAAACCCAGCUCUGCUGGCAGCUCUUCUGACUCCAUUGGCCAAGCCUUUUGGGAAGCCUUUCCAUCUGCGAACGGCGGGGCCGAUGGCAGCGAUCGGACCACCUACUUCUUUACCUAUUGUUUGCCAGGCUUAGAGGAUCUGCCUUCCAUCCCGAAGGUCUUUGAGAAGUAUGUCGAAGCUCUACCUCAGUAUCAAGGUGUGUCGCUGGAGCAGUUGAAAGUUCAGAGAGCCCUUUGUGCGAGCUUCGUGGCCUAUCGAGAGUCUCCCUUGCAAACACCUUUCGACCGCAUCCUGCAAGUGGGCGAUGCCGCCGGCAUUCAAUCGCCCCUCUCCUUCGGCGGAUUCGGCGCGUUGUGUCGACACCUGCCACGCCUGGAGACUGCGAUCUCGGAAGCCUUGGAACAGGACCUGCUGACAGCUGAGGACUUAAGUCAGAUCAACCCCUACCUGCCGAACCUGGCCAUGCAGUGGUCCAUGUAUCGCUCCAUCGCGCAACCGCCCGAGAAUGAGCCCGAGUUCGUGAAUCGCAUGAUGGGGGGCAUCUUGAGCGCGGCCGAGCGAUGUGGCACCAACGUGAUGAUGCCCAUUCUUCAGGACGUGUUUACUCUGUCGGCCCUUGCGCCGACGUUGUCCUCUUGGCUCUCGAAAGACCCUGCAAUCAUCCCCCUCUUCAUCAAAAGUAUGGGACCAGAAAAUGUUCUUUCUGCCCUGGGACAUCUCAGCGGCCUGGCCUUCUACACCGUCCUCUCCUCGCUGGAGCCGGUCAUCUCCACUGUGCUGCGCAUCGACGACGCCACGGCCAUGCCGCCGCGCGAGCGUUUCGCGUGGCGCCGGAGGUUUGAGGCUUGGAAGUAUGGCAGUGGCCUAGACUAUGAGAGUCACCAGUGAGCGAAACUGAGACCAACCCUGCCUCCCAUGAGACUUGGAUCACGAGUCUGGACAAGACAUCUCUUGGCGCUUGGUAUAGUUUUAGUACGAUCACAGUAAACUACCUCAAAACAACAACGACACGACGACACUCUUGUUCUUUUUGUCGCAAAAGACUGC